CCCGCUGGCGGCCUGACCCGGAAGCGGCCGUGGGGCGGUGAGUGAGUGUGGCAGGGCCCGCGUCCCGUCAUGGCUCCCAAGGGCGGCCCCGGCGGGCGGCAGCAGUCGGAGGAGGACCUGCUGCUGCAGGACUUCAGCCGUAACCUCUCCGCCAAGUCCUCCGCGCUCUUCUUCGGCAACGCCUUUAUCGUCUCCGCCAUCCCCAUCUGGCUUUAUUGGAGGAUAUGGCAUAUGGAUCUCGUUCAGUCCGCAGUCCUGUAUAGUGUAAUGACCCUCAUCAGUACCUACCUGGUAGCUUUUGCGUACAAGAACGUCAAAUUUGUUCUCAAACACAAAGUAGCACAGAAAAGAGAAGACGCCGUUUCCAAAGAAGUUACUCGCAAGCUGUCCGAGGCAGACAAUAGGAAGAUGUCUCGUAAGGAGAAGGAUGAAAGAAUUCUGUGGAAGAAAAAUGAAGUGGCAGACUACGAAGCAACAACUUUUUCCAUCUUCUACAACAAUACUCUCUUUCUGGUCUUGGUCAUCAUUGCUUCGUUUUUUGUGCUGAAGAACUUCAACCCCACUGUAAACUAUAUUCUCUCUAUAAGUGCCUCAUCUGGACUGAUUGCUCUGCUAUCUACAGGAUCCAAGUAGACAAAAAAACCCAACAACCCACACCAAUUUAUUUCUGUGAGAGGGUUCAGCUGCCAUACAAAAGUAUAAAGCUGGUGUAGGAAUAAAUUUUUUUUUAUAGUGUGACUGCUUGAGGGUAUGGGGGGGAGGGUUUGAAUCCAAAACAAGUGAAUUACCAUGUGAAGAUACCAGAAGUAAAUGUAUUAUUCAAUAACUGAAUUCAUCAGGUUUUUUACUUAGUGAUGCAAAGAAAUGGGUGUGUGAGCAGUUGCCAAACAUAACCUUGUGCAGCACUGCGUGGGUGUGAUGGUACUGCAGACUGUUAGACAAGUAUACUGCGUGGACCGCUACACAGCGGCACAAACGGUUGUACUUACAACCUGUAACAGAAUCCCCAUGGAAGUUUGGUGACUGGUAUGAGAGUCCAAACUCACUAAUGAUAAAAAGUGACAAUCCACCAUUUAUUGUUGUAACUUGAAAAGUUUUAAUAAAAAGGAAGCUUUUUUGUCAUUUAA